GUCAAUUACUAGACUUCUAAAAUUCAUGCAGAAACGCGCUUCGAAGUCGACCGUUACCAAGUAGUGAGCACGCGCAACGCGCUAGCAGCACCCACGAUGCCUCCAGCAAAGCGAGUCAAGAGCAGCGCGGCGGCACGGCCGAGCGCGAACUCGGGUCGGCCGACAACAGAUGACCUGGAAGGCGAGAGCGAGUUCGCGACACUCGCGCGACAGCACUGGCUCAAGACGUCCAAACGCGCCACCCGCGUCAAGGUCAAGAACGACGUGCUCAAGCGCGAGAUAUGGGACACCCUCGAGAAGGAAAACUUUCCGCUCAAGUCGCUACUGGUGCUGGAGGGCCUACAGACUCUGGAGAGCUACUUGUGGCCUGGCUAUGGCGAAGAAUCUUCCAACUACCACGUUCUUCUGAUCGUCCUGAUCGUCAAUGCCAAGCGGAGGGAGCGCCUGGAUACCUGGGAUAUCUUCAAUGGCCGCCCAGCCGACUUUUCGGACCUCUUCCGCCGCGCGCUGUCCAUGACGCUCGACAAUUCUCUUCCCUUGACCAUCAAGACCCACGUUCUCUUCUUCAUCAUCCACGCAUUCCAGAGCCUUGAUUGCGACAUUGUCCGAAAGGAGUGCGUCCCUCUUGUGGCUAUUUCCAUCUGGCACAACCUAUCGUCCGCCGAGAAGCGGGAUGAGCUGCUUGAUUCGAAACCUCAUCUGAGAAAAUCUUGGAGGGCGUCGGCUAAGCGAUACGACUCGGCCGACGAUGCCACAAAAGCGCGACUGCGCUUCGAGAGAUCCUGGCUAUAUACUUUAGUACUGGACUUCCUGACUCUGCUGUACUCGAAUAGUGCUAAGCAAGAACAUGUGCUAUAUUGCGAGCGUUUUGUCGAGUUCUUGACGGACCUCGAGAGCCAGCUCCCGACAAGACGCUAUGUCAAUUCCCUUUUGCAAGAUCUCCACGUACUGCCUGCUCUGAGCCUCUCGCCGGUGUAUAAUGACGAAGUAAACAACCUUUUGCGCGAUCUUUCUGCUCUCCUUUCUCACUAUACGUAUUUCAACGUGGAUGACCAGACAGGGGCUCAGCAUAACAGAACCGAGGCCUAUGACCGGCAUUGCCAGAGUCUGGCAAAGCUGCAGCGAACCGCCUUGAAACACUUUAAAGAGAAGCUGACCGUCUUGGCAUUGUCGAAUUACGGGUCCAUUGACAAGCGAUCAGAGCUUCAAGGGCUCCUUGAUCCUCUGACAGAUGAAGAGCUCCAGCAGCUGUUCAAGCUGUUGCACCUCCGAACUGCCUACCCGGAGCCCUCGAAGCUGUCUAUCGACCGCAGGUUUCUUGUCGAGGUCUUGUUGUCUACCUUUGAGCGGCGGAAGACCUUCCAGGACACUGCGCACGACCUGACUGUGCUCCCUACCGAGGAUACGCUUUUCGAGAUUGUCCUCGGGAGGACUGGCAAUUAUGAUGGCUCCCGGCCUCUGGCUCUCCCAAAGCUCAACCUGCAGUAUCUGUCGGUCGGUGACUUUCUCUGGCGGGCCUUGGUUCUCUACCGUUGCGAGUCCUUCUAUGCCAUCCGGCAGAAUAUCGAGGACGUCUUGACUAGGUUAAAACCCGAGUCUAAGCGGGCAGGAGAGAUAACAUUCACGGGCUUCUCAAAAAUGGCUUUGCCCAUCGCAAAACCAACUAUUCUCGAAGUUGUCCCACCCGCCGUUGGCAGCGAUGUUCCGUCAAAGGUGCGAGCCGAAGUUAGCAUUGAUGUGCGGAAACUAUCCGAACAUGUCCGACGCGAGUGGGAGUCGUUGCGCCCUGACGACGUAGUCUUCCUUCUUGCAGUGGAUGCUUCAAGGACGAAGAUGGCGGCAAAUGGCGGCAGCCCUUUGACCGAAGCCGAGAGGCUUGGUCUAGUCUCAGUCCGCGCUGCCGAGGUUAUCCAAAUCUUGGACGACAAGGGGCGGGCGAUCCGUGACGCCCAAGCUUAUUUUGAUGGGCACAGCCGAAGUGGUUCAAGAACUGUUCAGCUCCGACUUGACGCAAAGGCUUACAUGGAGGACACGGAUGGCAAGCGGAAUAUCUAUGAUUCAAUCAACCUCAUUGUCCGCCGAAGCGGGCGCGAAAACAACUUCAGACCGGUGCUGGAGUCUAUCAGGGAUCUUGCCUUAUCCGACGUCCCGCUGGCUUCUUGGCUCCAUGAGGUCUUCUUAGGAUAUGGGGACCCAGCUGGUGCUAACUACAAGCAGCUCUCCAACCGCGUCAAGAAGAUCGACUAUCGAGAUACCUUUUUGGACUGGCAUCACCUCAUCGAAAGCCUCCCGGGAAAGACCGUCGAGCCUGACGAUGACGUAUCGGGGAGUUUUGGUCCCCCGUAUGUCCUCGAGAAUGUUGACCGGCCAGUUGAGCAGAUUGCCUCGAAACCUUCCAAGAAGAGGAGGCGCGAUGCCGAGCCAGCUCUCAUCGCCGAUAUCGAGACGUUGAAAGUCUCAACUUAUAAGCCGCCGAACAACGGGCCUUAUCCAGUCGACGCGCCAAAGCUCAAUGCUGUGCGAUUCACACCCACCCAGAUCGAUGCCAUAAUUUCUGGCACACAACCGGGGCUGACGAUAGUCGUCGGCCCUCCGGGAACAGGCAAGACCGACGUCGCCACUCAAAUCAUAAACAAUAUAUACCACAACUUCCCGGAGCAGAGAACGCUACUCAUCGCACACAGCAACCAAGCCUUGAAUCAGCUAUUUGCCAAGAUAGUUGCUUUAGACAUUGAUGAGCGCCACCUUCUACGGCUGGGCCAUGGCGAGGAAGAUCUAGAAACCGAGGGCAGCUUUAGCAAGCACGGGAGAGUGGAAUCGUUCUUAGAAAACCGAGACCGCUAUCUCCAGGAAGUUAACCGUCUCGCCGCUACCAUAGGGGCGCCAGGUGCUCACGGGAACUCGGCCGAGACUGCUGGUUACUUCAACGCUGUCUACGUGGAACCGGCAUGGGCCAAGUUCACAGAUCUCACCAAGGCCGAAGAUAUAACUGCAGAGACCAUUGUCAAAGCAUUCCCUUUCUACUACUACUUCGCUGAUGCUCCUCAGCCCCUUUUUGCUCCAGACGCGGAUCGUGAGACCGUGUUGGAGGUUGCAAACGGCUGUUACCGGCACAUUUCGAAAAUCUUUGCCGAGCUGGCGGAUGUUCUGCCCUUCGAGAUUUUACGCCGCGAGAGGGACAAGGCCAACUAUUUACUGACAAACGAAGCUCGAAUCAUUGCCAUGACCUCGACUCAUGCUGCGAUGAGAAGAAAAGAGAUUGUGUCUCUUGGCUUCCAUUACGACAACGUCGUCAUGGAAGAAGCUGCUCAGAUCACUGAGAUUGAGAAUUUCAUCCCACUGGCCCUUCAGAAGCCCAAGGACGGACAGAUGGCUUUGCAAAGGGUGGUUCUAUGCGGCGACCAUUACCAGAAUUCUCCCGUGAUCCAGAACCUGGCGUUCCGACAUUAUGCAAACUUGGAACAGUCUCUCUUCUCUCGGCUUGUCCGCCUUGGUGUCCCAACCAUCAGCCUCGACCAGCAAGGGCGUGCUCGCCCUUCGAUCGCAGAUCUGUAUAGGUGGCGGUAUCCCCAGCUAGGCGACCUUCCGCACACGCAGAGUCACAAGGAAUUCUUGACGGCAAAUGCCGGCUUCAGGUUCGACUAUCAGUUUAUCAACGUCCCCGACUACAAAGGCAGGGGGGAGUCAGAGCCCACGCCUCACUUCAUCCAGAAUCUGGGCGAAGCCGAGUAUGCUGUGGCCAUAUUCCAGUAUAUGCGACUCUUGGGCUAUCCAGCUGCCAAAAUCAGCAUUCUCGCUACAUAUGCAGGUCAGAGGGCCCUAAUCAAAGAUGUGCUAGCCCAUCGGUGCGCCAAAUCCCCCGUUUUCGGUCUGCCGAGGAUCGUUACCACUGUCGAUAAAUAUCAGGGCGAGCAAAACGACUGUAAGUCCACUGUCCGCCCCUAGUGCUGUUGAGAAAUGGAGCCUUGUGAAUACUAACACGUCUCUGCAGACAUCAUUUUGUCGUUGACGCGUACCUCGAAGGUGGGAUAUCUUCGUGACAUCCGCCGUCUCACAGUGGCCCUCUCU